UUUGAGAUGCCAGGUUUCAGUGCUCACGGUGCCUACCUGGACUGGGGAAGUUGUGUGUGUGUGUGACGGUGUGUGGCUGGGAAGACAUGCCGAAGGUGGAACCAGUUUGUCUGCUUUGGGGAGAGUAUGCUUUCGCUGACUGAGGCACGGUGUAGGCAGUCCUACAGGAGUAAACGGCAGGGACCAAAAACAUUGUGUCGCAGCUCUCUCACAUUGGCGGUUAAACUCUUCAAUGGCUGACUAACAAGAACAAACACAGUCAAAAUAGACCAAUGGAACCUAAGGUUUAAACAGAAUCACUUCUCAUUAAAGGCUCUGCUGUGAAAACAUCAGAAGGAUCAUGCCUGGUCACCGUAGGGGAAGGAGCCUCUCUGAGGGGCUGAUGCUGGAGGAAUCAGAAAAGGGAGGAUUGGUCGUCUCCAGCGUUAUCGGUGGCUCCUCUGGCAAUCAGGGUCUCAAAGAAGGAGAUGAAAUUGUGGGUGCCACAAUCAACUUUGACCAACUGUCGAAAGACGAUGUGUUGAAAAUACUGAAGCUGAUGGAUGAUAAUGGAUUUGAUGAGAAGGUUCAAGUUCUGACAAAAAAUAAUUUGAGCAAGAGUAUGGGGACCUUGGACAGCAUCAAAGCACCAGAGGAGAUGCUGAAGGAUUCAUAUAAUAGACUCUACAAUGCCAAAAUAAAUAGGUUCAUGAAGGAUGACAGCCCUGGACAACCUGCAGGUGCUGGGGAAAGAGGCUCCCAUAAUGGACAGGUGAAGGGCAAGGGACCGAGACCUCUCUGGGGCAAACCCAAAGUUAAAGGUGACCUCAAACCCCCUGUCCCCACCAUGGAUUACCCAGUUGUGGAGACACACAAAGUAGAUGCUCCUACCUACCUAGAGUCUCCAGACCUCAAAUUCUCUGCUCCAAAGUUAAAGGUUCCUAAACUUGAUGUCAAAGGAGCGGUACCUGAUGCUCGCGGUGGAGAACUUUCAUUGCCUAAUGCCAACAUUAGUACAUCAGAUCUCUCCCUGCCUCAUUUGAAUGGGUCACUAAACAUUGAUGCUCCAUCAGUUAACCUGGAAAGGCCAUAUCUUGAAACUGAUAUAGAUGCUAUCGAUGCUCCAGAAUUUGAUAUGUCUUUGCCCAAAGAUGACCUCAAAGGCCCUGAUCUUGACCUGAAAGUUAUAGAUCCACUUCCCAAAGUUAGAGGAGAUAUCAAUGUCCCGGAAGCAGAGCUCAAUCUACCAGAGGGGGUUGUCACUGGACCUACUUUAAAUAUCAAUGCCCCAAAGCUUGAUAUUGAAAGAACAGGCAAAAUGUUCAAAAUGCCCAAAUUUAAGAUGCCUGACUUGGGUCUCUCUGGACCCAGUGUAAAUGUACCCAGCCUUGAGGUUGGUACACCAAAUAUGAGGAUCCCAGAUAAAGAUAUGCCAGGAGUUAAUCUUAAAGGUCCCCAACUAGACCUACAAGCACCAGAUGUUAAUCUCAAAGGUCCUAAUCUAGACCUGCAAGCCCCAGAUGUCAGCAUGAUGAAUAUGCCUUCAAGUAAAAUCAGAGUCCGGUCCUCCAAGAAACUGAAAAACCCAAACCUUGAUGUGGAUGAUCCCUCUGGUUAUUUUGAAUUGCCUAAGGUUAGGCUCUCUCGCAGAGUACAAAAAGGGCCAGAUUUAGACAUUGAUUCCGUUUUAAAGACCCAAGACAUGCAUCUUAAAACCUCUUUGAUUGGUGCCCCUGACCUGAAUGUCCCUGAUCUAGAUUUACCUUCAGUAGACAUUAAAGGUUCCAAAAUAGAUCUAGAGUUGCCAGAUGCAAACAUUGGUAUCCCAUCUGGGAAGAUCAAAACACCAAGUCUUGAUAUGCCUGACUUUGAUAUAUCUGGACCAAGAGUUAGGACUCCAGACCUGGACCUCUCAGCGGAUGAGAUGUGUCUAUCAGACGUCUGUUUGCCUGACCUCAGUACUCCAGAUAUCGGCAUAACCUCAGGUCAAUUCAAACUAAGGAAACCACAUGCAGAACUCAAAGCUCCUGAUUUCAACGUGGAUGCCCCCUCUGGUAAACUGAAGAUGCCCAAAUUUGGCUUCUCUGGCCUAAAAAGACCAGAUCUGGGCAUUGAUGCUGAUGUAAAAACACCAACGCUAAGUCUCAAAGCUCCCAAGAUAAAAGGUGGACUUGAUGCACCUGACUUGGACUUACCCAAAGUCGACCUGAAAUCACCUAAAAUGGAUGCAAACACUCCAGAUAUUGACAUUGAUGCACCUUCAGGAAAAUUCAAAGUGCCAACGUUUAAGAUGCCUAAAUGUACCCUUUCGGGCCCUAGAGGGCCAGAGGUUGGCAUUGAUGGAGAGUUGGAUGGACCAGACCUGAGCUUAUCAUCUUCCAAAUUAAAACAGCCAGAUGUGGAUGUUGGUAGUCCAUCUGGAAAAUUCAAGAUGCCAAUAUUUAAAAUGCCAGACUUUGGCUUCUCAGGCCCAGAUGUUCAAGGGCCUGACUUUGAGGUAAAGAAUCCAAACUUGGAUCUUUCAGGCCCCAAGUUUAAAGGGGGAAUUAGUCACCCAGAUUUGGAUCUGCCAGAUGUUGACCUCAAAGGCCCCAAAAUAGACCUCAAUGCACCAGAUGUAAACUUUAAUAUGCCCUCAGGUAAAGUCAAAGUUCCUACAUUGAAGAAACCAAAGGUUGAUCUUAAUGCUCCUGAUCUGGGCAUUGAUGGCCCCUCUGGUCACCUGAAAAUGCCCAAAUUUGGGCUGUCUGGUAAAAUGCCAAAAUCUCCCAAAUUGAAUCUCAAAGCUUCAAAGAUGAAGGGGGGAAUUGAUUUUCCAGACAUUAAUUUACCAGAUGCUGACCUCAAAGCCGCUAAACUAGACAUGACUGCUCCAGAUCUUGACAUCAAUGCACCCUCAGGGAAAUUCAAAAUGCCUAAAUUCAGAGGCCUGAAGGUACCAAAUGUUGACAUUAAUGGCGCUAUAGAGGGACCAGAUCUGAACUUGUCAUCUCCCAAACUCAAGGGUCCCAAAGCAGACCUCAACAUUCCAGAUGCUGAUAUUGACAGUCCAUCAGGAAAAUUCAAAAUGCCAACUUUCAAGAUGCCAGAUUUAGGUUUAUCUGGACCAAAAGUUAAGGGGCCUGACUUGGAUCUUUCAGCCCCCAAGUUUAAAGGGAGAAUUAGUCACCCAGAUUUGGAUCUGCCAGAUGUUGACCUCAAAGGCCCCAAAUUAGACCUCAAAGCACCAGAUGUAAACUUUAAUAUGCCUUCGGGUAAAGUCAAAGUUCCUACAUUGAAGAAACCAAAGGUUGAUCUGAAUGCUCCUGAUCUGGACAUUGAUGGCCCCUCUGGUCACCUGAAAAUGCCCAAAUUUGGGCUGUCUGGUAAAAUGCCAAAAUCCACAAAACUUAAUCUCAAAGCCCCAAAGCUAAAGGGGGGAAUUGAUUCACCAGACAUGAAUUUACCAGAUGCUGACCUCAAAGCCCCUAAACUAGAUGUGAAUAGCCCAGAUCUUUACAUAAAUGCACCUUCUGGGAAAUUCAAAAUGCCCAAAUUUAAAAUGCCUAAAUUCAGGGGCCUAAAGAGACCAGAUGUUGACAUUGAUGGAGACUUAGACGGCCCAGAAAAAGAUAUCAAUGCACCCACAGCUAAUCUCAAAGGACCCAAAACAGGUCUAAAAAUGCCUGAUUUGAAGAUGCCUGAUUUCGGGCUAUCUGGGCCAAAUGUAGAUGCACCUGAUUAUGACUUACCUGAUAUUGAUCUCUCAGCCCCAAAGCUAAAAGGGGGAAUCAGCCCCCCAGAUUUGAGACUACCUAAGGAUCAUCUCAGAGGGCCCAAAGUAGACCUCAAUGCUCCAGAUAUGUCCUCAGGUAGAUUCAGAGUUCCAACCAUAGAGAGGCAAAAUGGUAGCAUCAAAACCCCUGGUUUUGACAUCAGCACUCCUACAUUCAAAAUGCCCGAAAUGCCUAAAUUUAUGUUGUCUAGACCAAAAAGACCAGAUCAAGACAUAAGUGCUGACAUAGGUUUGAAAUUGUCAAAGAUGAAAGGUGGGAUUGGUUCACCGGACCUGGACCUACCUACAGUUGACCUAGAAGCCCCUAAGAUAGAUGUAGACACUCCAGAUAUGAACAUUGAUUCCCCCUCUGGGAAUUUCAAAAUGCCCCACCUCAAAAUACCUAAAUUCAGCCUUUCUGGUCUGAAUGGUCCAGAUGCUGGAAUAGAUGGAGACAUUGAUGGACCGGACCUGAGCUUGUCAGCCCCGAAAGUAAACACAGGGAUCGGUAGUCCAGAUUUAGACAUAAAUGUUCCCUCUGGAAAUCUCAACGGCCCCCAAGCUGAUCUCAAUUUGCCAGACAGUGACAUUGCUAUACAAUCUCGAAAAUUCAAACUGCAAUCCUUUAAAUUGCCUCAGUUUGGAAGUCCCAAUCUAAGGGCAGGUACAGAUAUGGACUUUAUGAAAACACAUGACAUUUCUCCUCCAAAGGCUAAAGUGGAUCUAAAAGCACCAGACUUGAAAGUUAGUCACCCAGAUGUCAGCCUGAGCUUACCCAAAGCUGAUAUCAGAGGCCCAAAAUACAAAGUGUCAUCUCAUAGUAAACGCAGAUCUGAUAUCCCAGGUGGAGCGCAUUUAAAAUUGCAAGCAAGGGACAUAGAUACCGAAGAGACACUGCCACACACUGAUAGGAAGUCUAGGAAGGUCAAAGGAAGGGCCAGUUAUCCCAUUGCAGAUAUUGACUUGCCAAAAGUUGAGUACAAAGCAUCUGGUUUGGAGCUGCGAGGUUCAGACCUUAACGAUCCCACAGGGAAAUUAAAAAUUCCCAAAUCUAAGAUUAAAUUGGGUAGUCAUACAAGAAUACCAGACCUUGAUGUAGACUCAAGUCUUGCCAGUAUUAAUGCCUCAGUCCCUAAACUCCCACAGCCAGGGUUUGGAGUAGAGGUUUCACAGCCAGAUUUAAAUUUGAGCAGAACUGACCUCAGGGGCAAUAAACAUCAUAGAAAAGCCCCAGCUGGUGAAACUGGCAGAACAAAAAGGAGAAGUCCAAAACAGUCUGAAAUUGUCAUGUCUAUGCCAAAUUGUACUCAUGGUUCAAACCCCAAAAUGUCUGAAGAUCAAGAAGGAUAUUUUGUCACUGCGUUUCCCAAACAUGUCAAAGGGGAUGUACCAGACGGAACUGGGAGCCUGAAAAAUCGGCACAAGGAGGAGUCAAACCGUCGAUCUCAAACACUCAGAAGUCUCGAUUUCAGUGCAUCAAAUGUGGACCUUGAAGUUCCAGAAGAUGAGAACUUAAAAGGGUCAACAUUCUGGCUUUCAAAGCUUAUAUAGCAUUCAGACAACUGACUAAAUGUAAUUUUAGGCUUGUUUGAAUCACAAUCUUCUGUUGAAACAUAAUGCAGAAAACGUCUGUUACGUAUAAAACAAGCAUCAGAUUAUUUUCACAUAUUUGUACUUUUUUAAUGUAAAUUGUUUGGCAUUUGUUAUGAACAUGUUGAGAACGAAUGUGUAAAGCUUUCUUUUGUCAAGUGAUUAAAAAAAUGUAUGAAAGGUU